UCUUUCAUGCGUCCCUCGCGCUGGCACGUCCGAUUGGUCGAUCUGUGUACACGCGUGCCGUGAACACACUUUCACGAGAACUUUUCGGGACGGGUUUUUAACCUUCGCAGACGCGAUGUGUACCGCUCGCAAGGACAAUAUUGCGGUCUGUCACUUCCCCGAACAAUAAGUUUCGUGGAAAGGUGGGGUAGGAAGGACGGCGGAAGGCGGGAGUGUGAGGCGACCGUUGAACAUCUGUCACUGUGCGAGCUGGUGCGAAUAGUCAGCCGGUUCGUUUCAGUCUAAGUCCCCUGAAAAACCGCGACACACUGUCAUGGCACCCGCUUUUGUGAUUUUUUGAGACACAACGCACGGCCGCGCGCACGCAAGCUCGCACCCUCAAUCGUUGCGCACGACGAUUUCUAGACAGAUAUAAGCGGAAACCCACCCUCUUCCCUUCGUGCCACACGAUAAUAAAUCAUGAGCUCAGGUAGACCAAUAAAAUGUGUAGUGGUAGGAGAUGGAACAGUAGGAAAGACCUGCAUGUUGAUAUCAUAUACAACAGAUAGUUUUCCUGGAGAGUAUGUACCUACCGUGUUUGACAACUAUUCUGCACCAAUGGUUGUCGAUGGUAUUCCAGUUAGUUUAGGGCUAUGGGACACAGCAGGACAAGAAGACUAUGACAGAUUGCGUCCUCUCUCCUAUCCUCAGACAGAUGUAUUUCUCAUUUGUUUCUCAGUAACGAGCCCUUCAUCAUUCGAAAAUGUUACCAGUAAAUGGUACCCUGAAAUAAAACACCACUGCCCAGAUGCACCAAUGAUACUCGUUGGAACUAAAAUAGACUUACGAGAUGACCGUGAAACGCUUACUGCCUUAGCUGAACAGGGCCUUAGUGCUAUUAAGCGUGAACAGGGACAGAAAUUGGCAAACAAGAUUCGUGCGGUAAAAUAUAUGGAGUGUUCUGCGCUCACGCAACGUGGACUAAAGCAGGUAUUUGACGAGGCAGUACGCGCCGUUUUAAGACCUGAACCGCAAAAACGUCGACAAAGAAGAUGCAUUAUGUUAUAAACGAUGGAAGGAAUUGAAGGGAUUCAUAGAAAUUUUGCAGAUAGACGAAGGGAUAGAUGGACGGAUGGUCGGACCAACACUGUGAAAUUAUAAAGUAGUUACGCUGCGCUACUUAAAAAUAUAUUGCGUAUGUGUUCUAAUAUUUAUUUUAUUUUGAUAAAUUAAAAACGAAAAAUAUCUUAAUAUGAUUUUAUAUGUGUAUUGCAGGAGUUGAAAAAUAUAAUUUUUUAUUUUAUUAAUGUAAUGUUUUCUGUUUGUGCUUGUAACAGGAUUUUAAUAUUAUACAAAUUUUUGCAAAUUUUUGAUGCAAUUUGAUUUAUUAAUAUUAUUCGAAUUCACAUAAUCUGAAUAUUCUUUAUAAAAAUAAUAAUCAAAAGAAAUGUAUAACAGUUGAUAAUAACACAAAACGCUGAUAACAAAUACAGCAAUGCAAAGUUCACCUAAAUUGAAAUAUAUAAAUAUAGCACAAUGUAUUUUCUUAAAUACCAUAGUAUAUUUCACUCUCUUCCAUUUAUUUGUAUGAAAUUUGUUUACAUAAAAAUUACGGAAAAACUAGUAUGAUGAUUUAGGAAGAUAGAUAUCUUGUACAAA